GAUAAUAUUUCCCUAUAAAAUGACGCGCGACUUGGUUUUUAACCCUAGACACUUGACAACAUAAUAACAUAGCCCUUCGAUUCGGAUAUAUUGCAGAGAGAAGUUUAUAGCUAUCGGACGCUGUGUCUGGUCGUAUACAUACAAGUUACAACCAAAGCAAGCACCGCCGUCGACUUCUCAGCCAAACCCAAACUCGCUAAUUCACCGUCUUCAGGGCUGCUGACAGUCAACUAAAAAUGAGGGGAAGGAGCUACAGCCCAUCACCACCAAGGGGGGGAUAUGGUAGGAGGGGACGAAGUCCUAGCCCCAGGGGUCGCUAUGGUGGUCGUAGCAGAGAUCUUCCUACAAGCCUUCUAGUUCGUAACCUUCGCCAUGACUGCAGGCCAGAAGAUCUCCGCAAGCCAUUUGGGCAGUUUGGCACUCUUAAGGAUGUUUACCUGCCAAAGGAUUACUAUACUGGGGAGCCUCGUGGUUUUGGUUUUGUCCAAUUUGUUGAACCUGCUGAUGCUGAAGAGGCUAAAUAUCAGAUGGAUGGUCAGCUUCUUCAAGGCCGAGAGGUUACUGUUGUAUUUGCAGAGGAGAACAGGAAGAAGCCAUCAGAUAUGAGGCAUAGGGAGCGUGCGAGCACCAGGAGUGGUCGAAAUCGUGAUCGAAGACGGUCUCCUCCUCAAUAUUCACGCUCUCCACGAUAUUCCCGAUCUCCACCUCCACGCCAUACAAGAUCUCGGUCCCGCAGCCGUGAUUAUUAUUCUCCUCCCCCAAAACGAAGGGAUUAUUCGAGAUCUGUGUCACCACCCCAAGAGCGAAGGUACAGUAGAGAGAAGUCGUUUUCUCGAUCUCCUCCACCAUAUAAGGGCUCAAGGAGCCACAAUCAGAGCCCGGAUAGGGGUCCAAGCCGAAGCAGGAGCAGAAGCAGAAGUCACAGUCCAAGGCGAAUCGACAGACGGACCCGAAGUCCUAUUAAUGAAGAUUACCCAAGGGAACCAAAUGGAGACCGAUCUCCUAGUCCAUGAACAAUGUAGAGAGAGAGCUCUUAAGCUAGUAGAAACUUGCUAUGCUACCUUUUGAAUUUCAUUUAGUAUGUGUUAUGUUUGAUGAUGUGAACGUAUUGUUUGAAGGGAUCUGGUCGUUUCUCAGAUUAAGAUGUGUAGGUUUAUGUUUUUGUUUCAAUGACAUCUGUCAUGGCAGAAUCUUGAAUUUGGUCAUUUGGUUAUUUUCGUGUAUGCGUUGUUAUGCCAUUAAGCUUAACCAGGUCCUUAUUUUUGAGAUCCCGGAAUAAAAGUCAGUACACAAAGUGUUCAAAAGAAA